AUGAGUAGUGAGAAGAAUGUUCACUCAGUACAUGAGACUGCAGCCCCUAUAACAUCACUUCACAGUGCUGGCAGUCACUUGCAAAGAGAAGAUCAUGAAGUUAACUUGGAUGCUGUUUUAUCAAACCCAUUGUCUAUUGGUGAGGUCGGUACUACCUUGACUGAUGCUCAAAAGGAUUAUGUUUUGAAGAGAUUGCAUUUUGAUGCGUUGACGAGUUUUACUGAAUUACCACCUGAAUGUACUUUUAUAUUUGAAAAAAUUGAACAGAUGUCAACUCAGGAAGCUGUUGAGAUAUUGAAGGAUGCUAUAGAAGAACAUGAGUACGAUGUUAAUGUUCAAGAACACGACUUGGACCUAUGGAAAGAGUUGGUUGAUUAUAAUGCUCAUGGAUUUCACCACCCCGAUGAUGAGAAAAAGUCAGAGUCGUCAAUUGAUGAAAAAGGUCACCAAGUCAAAGUUUCAACACUCUCACAUGAUGCUGAAACGUCAUCAAACGACCCUUCGACUGGUAGACCAGAAAUUGUUGAUUGGGACUUGCAAGUUAGGUUGGAAGCAGUGUUGGUAGCUUAUUGGUCUCCAUACCCUGAAGUCAGAGCUGUUACCCUCCCAUUUGAUGAUCCUUCCAUACCAGUCGAAACAUUUAGAGUUUAUCUCAUUGGUAUCAUUUGGACUGCUAUUGGAGCUGUUAUUAACCAAUUUUUCACCGAAAGACAACCUGCAAUUACACUUGCUGUUGCUGUUGUUCAAGUGUUCUUGUACCCAAGUGGAUUGUUAUGUGAAUGGAUCUUGCCUAAAUGGAAAAUCAAACUUUGGAAGAAUUGGGUCAUUGACUUAAAUCCUGGACCAUAUACUUAUAAAGAGCAGAUGUUGGCCACUAUAUUCUGUUCGGUUUCAGGUGGUGGUACGUCAUAUGUGUCGUAUAACAUUUUGAUGCAAAAGUCUGAAUUGUUUUAUGACAACAAAUGGGUUGACUUUGGUUACCAAGUAUUGUUGAUCUUGUCAACAAACUUUUUGGGUAUUGGUUUGGCUGGAUUAAUCCGUAAGUUUGCAGUUUAUCCUGUCCAAGCUGUUUGGCCUAGUAUCUUGCCUAACAUCGCAUUGAACAAGGCAUUGUUGACCAAAGCAAAGAAACAAAACAUCAAUGGAUGGAAGAUUUCAGGAUACAACUUCUUCUUCAUUGUUUUUGCUGCAUCAUUUCUUUACUUUUGGGUUCCUGACUACUUGUUCCAAGCAUUAUCAAACUUCUCUUGGUUAGCAUGGAUCAAGCCUGAUAACCAAAACCUUGCUGUGGUCACUGGUUUCAUUGGUGGAUUAGGACUCAAUCCAAUCCCCACCUUUGAUUGGAACAUGAUUAGUCAGAACGCACCUUUGGAGGUGCCUUUCUAUAACCAAACCAAUAUGAUAUUUGGUAUGUUUAUUGGGUUUUUUGCAAUUCUUGGAAUUUGGUAUUCAAACUACAAGUGGACGGGAUAUAUGCCCAUCAAUUCGAAUGCUCUUUUCACAAAUACAGGUGAAAGUUACAGUGUUAGGGCUGUGGUUAAUGAAAAUAGUUUGUUUGAUAACGAAAAGUAUCAGGAAAUUGGCCCUCCAUUCUACACCGCUGCCAACUUGGUUGUUUACGGGGCAUUUUUUGCUAUCUAUCCAUUCCACUUUGUUUAUGAGUUUGGUAUGCAGUACAAACAAAUGUGGCACGCAUUGAAAGGGUUGGGUUCAGCUUUAAAAGAUUGGAGAAAGUCGACAUAUGAAGGUUUCAAUGAUCCACACAGUGUCAUGAUGAGGGCAUACCCAGAAGUGCCAGAGUGGGCAUACUUGUGCAUUUUGGUCAUCUCAAUCGUUUUGGCCAUAUUGUGCGUCAAAGUGUAUCCAGCUGAAACUCCAGUUUGGGGUAUCUUUUUCGCUUUGGGUAUCAAUUUUGUCUUUUUGAUUCCAUUGACUACUGUGUAUGCCAGGACUGGAUUUUCGUUUGGUUUGAAUGUCUUGGUUGAGUUGAUUGUUGGUUAUGCCAUUCCAGGUAAUGGUUUGGCCUUGUCAUUCAUCAAAGCUUUAGGUUACAACAUUGAUGGACAAGCACAAAAUUUCAUAAAUGAUUUGAAACAAGGUCACUACACUAAGCUUCCACCACGUGCAACCUAUAGGGUUCAGUUGCUUUCUAUAUUCGUUGCUUCGUUUAUCCAAUUGGCUAUUUUGAACUUCCAAAUCACUGGUAUUAAGAACUAUUGCCAGUUGGACAACACCCAAAAGUUUACGUGCCCAAACACAAGAACCUUCUACAGUGCUUCUGUCCUUUGGGGUGUUAUUGGUCCAAAGAAAGUCUUCGGUCACUUGUAUCCAAUUUUGCAAUGGUGUUUCUUGAUUGGAUUUUUGUUGGCGUUCCCCUGCAUUGCUUUAAAGAGAUGGGGUCCAAAGAAGUUGGUAAAGACAUUUGAACCAGCAAUUAUCAUUGGAGGUAUGUUAAAUUACGCACCUUAUAACCUAUCAUACUACAUCCCUGGUGUUUAUGCAUCCUUGGCUUUCAUGUGGUACAUCAAGGGCAAGUAUGAAGCAUGGUGGCAAAAGUAUAAUUAUCUUCUUUCAACUGGUUUGAGUGCUGGUGUAGCUUUUUCAUCAAUCAUCAUUUUCUUUGCUGUCAUGUAUCACGAGAAGGACAUCAACUGGUGGGGUAAUACUGUUGUCUACACUGGUUAUGAUGGAAAUAUGGUAGGAAGAUUGAAUGCUACUGAACUGGCUCCUGAUGGAUACUUUGGUCCAAGAAAAGGGCACUUCCCUUGA